AUGGCAUCCAUGGUCAACGUUGAGUUAGACGGUGCCCCAUAUAAAAAGGUCGCAAUCAAGACAACGCCUACCAUGUCUUUGCGUCAAAUUGCUGACCAGGCUGUCGACAAAUUGAAGCUGCAGGAUCCGGGAACUUAUGGUCUCAAAUACCAAAAGAAUACUUUGGACUUGUCUUUAUCUGUGAGAUUUGCAAAUCUGGCUGCUGGCGCAAAGUUGACCUUGAUUAAGACUGCAAGUGCUCCUGGUGCUGUAGCUUCAGAAGUCAGCAUUGCUCUCCAAGUCGAAGAUGGAGGCAGACUCAUGGCCAAGUUCUCGCCCAAUGUCACCUUCUGGCAUAUCUUGGUCAACUUUGAAUCCACAUCCAAUGGAUCGUUGAACCUAACUCAGAAAUCCGAAAUACCACCAAAAGAAAAACACGGAACGCUUCUUGGAGCUGUAUUGGAAUUGGCAAAGAAAAACACUCCUGUAUAUAUGAUGCCCGUCUGCAUAUUCAUGAAUAAGGAAUAUGCUACCAUACAAGACCUCAAAACAAACACCUUGGCUUCUGCUGGAUUGACUUCUGGAAAUGGAGUGAUUCGAUUGCUUUAUCGGUACAGUGUCAUGACGUUAGCACAAGCACAGAAAGAGAUUGAAGCUCCUAAACAACCAAAACCUGUUGCCGUUGUGCCAGCGCCAGCUGUCAUACCUGCACGAUCAACAUCAGCAGCAAUACCACUACCACAACCAUCAUCUUCCAGCACUACAGCAUUCAUACCACCACCAGUCGCAGUUACACCAAUACCCUCAAUACUAUCUACACCUUCUAUAAUACCACAUCCAUCCGAGUCUGUGCCCACUCCUAGAUCACCAAUAGUUGCACAGCCAAUGUCCCAACCUGUGGUGCAACCGUCAGCUCCAACAGAGAGACAAGUCGAAAUCGCUCAACCAUCAGCUCCAAUAGAGAGUCAACUCGAAAUUGUUCAACCAUCAGCUCCAACAGAGAGUCAAGUCGACAUCGCCCAACCACCAGCUUCGCCAGAUACAAUGGGUAAUAUGAUGGAAGUCGAUACAGUCCCUGAAGCAGUCAAGACAGCUCCUGAGGUUGAGACUGUCUCUCAAUUAUCGGAGACUCCAGAGUCAACUGGCACUUUGGAACGAGACAUAAGGUUCUUCAAACCUCCACCAGACAAUAUCAUUGGUCCUGGUCGAAUCGAGCUCCCUGACAGUUUCUAUGAGCUUACUGCCGUCGAGCUGAAACUAUUACUUGAUUCAGCCAAGAAUCGUCGUAUCAAGGAAGAGACUCAGGUUCUAAGAACUCGUGCUAUGAGAGAAAAGGAAACACAGCUGAAAACUCAAAAAUGGCCUAAAACUAUGAUUCGAGUCAGGUUCCCGGAUAGGACUACACUACAAGCUCAAUUCUUUUCGUCAGAAAAAUUGUCAGCUCUGUAUUCGACUGUUCGAGAUGCCGUCGCUUCUCCAGAACGUGAAUUCACUCUGCACGUCACCCCUCCUAUGAAAAUCCUGUCUGAUCACGACGAAUCAUUCUGGAAGUCUGGAUUGGCUCCAGCAACUCUUGUCUACUUUGCAUGGAGAGAUGGAGCUACCACGAUCGGUGGUCCAUGUCUCUCGUCUGCAUCGGCUAUGAAAUUACAGGAUUACCCAUUACCAAAGGACGUGAAUGUUGUAGUGCCUAUGGAUGUCGAUCAGAAACCACCUGCUGAAUCAAAUACAACACCAGCAGCAACAUCAACAGAAAAUGGCACAUCAGGUUCAGCACCAUCAUGGUCUCAACCCACAUCCGAUAAUUCUGCUACUGCCAACACCAACAACGGCAAUGGAUGGCCUGAUGUUACUCCACCGCCAUCAGGAGAUAUAGGAUGGGGUAGUGGAUCGUCGUCAAAUACUGCUACCACCUGGGGUGGGGGAAGAACACUUGGUGAACCACCAUCAAGAGUUCCUGGUACAGAUGAUGAUGAUGUGGAUUCUCAGUCAAUGAGGUCUAGACGUACCACAGAUACCACUAAAAGGCCUAAAUGGUUCAAGCCCUUUGGGAAGUAG